AUGUUUAUGCUCGUUAGAGAAAAAACAAAGUUGUACAGGAGUAGAAUAAAUCGAGAAGAAAUUGCUCCCGAGACCUAUCGGAAACUAUUCCGUUUCGACAAAGAGAACGUUGAGUGGUUAGCACACAGGUUCAUACCUGAACAUGAUGAAAAUCGGGGAGGAUGUCUGACAACGGUGGAGAGCAUGGAGGCCACGCUCCACUACUUGGCGGAUCCGGGUUACCAAACAACAGUGGGGGAAGUGAUGGGGAUCAACCAGACCACUGUUUCUCGACAUGUGGCUAAAAACAUUGACCUCAUCGCAGCGCAGCACCCUACCUGGAUCAAGUUUCCCACUUCAAACGCAGACGUGACACAUGCAAAGGAACGAUGGGCUGAAAAACUGGGGUUUCCUUUCACUAUCGGGGCGAUUGACUGCACCCAUGUGCGGAUUGACAAACCGCGCGGCCAGUUCGGAGAUGAGUUCAUCAACCGCAAAAACCACCCUUCCUUCAAUGUCCAGGCAACAUGCGAUGAGAACCAUAUCUUCACUAGUGUUGACGUUGGCUGGCCCGGAUCCGUUCACGACUCCCGGAUAUUUCAAACGUCGGACCUGCGCGAUGUCGUUUCAAGAAAUGUUCGCGGCUGCCUUCUGGGGGACUCUGGAUAUGGGAUAUCACCAUACAUGAUGACGCCCUUCGCUGAUCCAGACACGCCAGUCAAGAGGUCUUUUAACAGGGCUCACACAAGAAACAGUGUCGUCAUCGAGCAGGGUUUUGGGCAAUUCAAACGGCGAUUCCCGAUCCUCAGGUAUGGGGUUCGCCUGAAGCUCGAGAAUAUCCCCAAGUGCAUCGUAGCAUGUUUUGUGCUUCACAACGUGUCACGCUUCCUCCAUGACCCGGACGACGACUUGCGUGGCGAUGACGAGGAUGAAGAAAUCGCUGGCGACAAUGGCAACCAUGGUGGAGUUGUAGAACAAGGACCUCGGAUACUGCGGCCGCGAGGUCAACAAAAGCGUGAUGAAAUCGCCAACCAUAUCUACGAGAGACGCGACCAAUGA